UUUCCAUGGAAACCAAUAUUUGUUUACUUGGCAGUGUGCAAGGCACAGCUUUUCUGUAAAGAUAUUUAUCAGUAAUAAUUAUUAUGGAGAGAAUUUUUGAUUCGCCCAAUACUUUGGUUCAUUACAGCAAUCCUGUAUUGAUAACAAAGCGAACAGAGAAACCAAGCACUUCCAAAUUUUUAGCAUUAACAAGUGCAGCUGAGUCUGCUCCUAUUGCAUCCAGGAAAAUAACUCUAGCUUCAGAAAAAGCUAGAGAGACUGAAGAGAUUCUAAACUAUAUUUUACCACCUAUAGAAUGGGAAGAGCAAGGACAACUCUGGCGGCAACAGGUGUCAAGCGACCCAGCCACACGAUUGGAUGUUCUGAAGCUGGCGGAGCAGCUGGAGAUGAGACUGCAGCAGCGGCAAGCGAGAGAAACAGGCAUAUGUCCGGUUCGACGAGAACUCUUCACUCAGUGUUUUGAUGAAAUCAUCCGUCAAGUGACAGUGAACUGCGCAGAAAGAGGUCUCCUCCUGCUGCGGGUCAGAGAUGAAAUACGCAUGACAACUGAUGCCUAUCAGGCACUCUAUGAAAGCAGUAUAGCGUUUGGAAUGCGCAAAGCCCUUCAGGCAGAACAAGGAAAGUCGGACAUGCAAGAGUCGAUUGAGAGACUCACAAGUCGGAACGCAGACCUUGAAAAGAACGUUUCAGAGCUGAGAGCCAAAGCUGAGCAGAUUGAGAGAAGAGCCGCUGAGCUGCGAGUGGCCGAGGAGAAGAAGCACGCUGAGGAAAUUAUGUUUCUCAAGAAAACCAACCAGCAGCUCAAGGCACAACUUGAAGGCAUUAUCGCACCAAAAAAAUAAGGAAAUUACGAAAUUCCUACAUAAAAUCAGCGCUAUAAUAUUGUUAUGAACUUUCAAAAUUUGAAUUUCAAAGAAACUGCCAAGUACCGUAUUUGUAUGCAGCUAAUAAGUAUAUUCGGCAGUGAUCCAAUCAAUAACAAGGUUUUCCAUUUUGUAUAUGAAAUGCUUGAAUAUUUAUUUACAUUCUCUGCACUUUCUAUUUUUGAUUCCAUCAUGUAUCAUGAGAAUUAUUAUUAACUUUGAUUAAGGCUUUCGUAGUCUACCAAUAAUCCAAUAAUACAAAAAAUUCGAGUAGAAUAAAAAAAAAUUCGGUACCGUAACGGUAACUAUACUAGAUGUUUUUACUUCCAAUAUAUAGAGAGAUAAUUAUGUUUAUGCACAGUUUUCAAUGUAUAGGGAGAUAUAAUUAUGUUUAUGCACUUAUAUUGAAAUAUUGAAUACCUCAACUGAUCUACGUAUCAUACUGUACCACAAAAACCUUGAGAUGUGUAUUGUUAAGAAUAACAGAAAUAUACCAGGUGAAACGCA